UUUGAGUUUAUUUUUGUGUAUAGUGUAAGGGUGUGUUCUAACUUCAUUGAUUUACAUGCACCUGUCCAGCUUUCCCAACACUAGGGACAGUCUUCAAUGCUCAGUAUCUGGGGCCCUGGCACCCCAGGUCCGCAAGAGUUGAGUCCUAAGACAGCCAGGUUUCCGGGUAGUUCAGCCAGGAGGGGGCCUUGAGAGCCCAGGAUUUGGGUCUUCUGAUGGGACGUGGUAAAUCUCCAGAGGCUGGAGCUCAACAUUACAUGCUCGGUUGAACCACUUCCACUCAGCAGCACGUCCUGUCCCAUCUAAACCCCCACAGAGACCUCUGACCCCUAAACUGAGGCAGGUGUGCCCUGGAGAUACCCCUAGGCAGGUCCCAGAUUACCGACAGGGGACAGAAGAAGAGUGAGGCUCAUCUGCUCCUCCCCUGGGAACACCAGACCUGCUUCAGGGCUCAGUUUUCCCAUCUGAUAACAGGCCUGCAAAACAUUCCCUGGAAGAGCCUGGCCACCUCCGCAGGUCAGAGUGUUGCACCAUGGGUACAUGUAGACACAGGUGUGUGCACACAUACAGGCAGACACAUGCAUAAAUGUACAUGUACACAGGCAAGUGCACACACAUGCACAUAUACAUGCACUUAUACAUUCAUACACACACACACACACAUUAACCCAGUUUAGCAUAAUAAAGUACACAUACAAACACAUCUGCACAUGAAGAGAAAUGCACAAAAGCACAUCCAUGCACAUGCACACACGGUACACAAACAGGCAAACAUAGACACACACAUGCAUUCACAAAGGCAUAAAAAUGCAUACAUAAACACACAAGUAUACAUAGACAAAUGUGUCAUGUCAUUGCCUUGCUUGGUGCCAGUAAAGUAUACAAGCACACACCCAGUACACGUAGCAGACCUGCACACCCACCCAAGUCCAUUGGAAUCAUGGAGGCAUGUAGAGGCCUUGACCAGGUCAGAUGCAGACCUUGGUACAGGGCAAAUGCAAUGUCCACCUUUCCCUCUUGACUCCCUGCUGAGCAUGGAGCCCUGGUUCAGAGUCACGAGCCCUUCUCAACUACGUCCUGCUGUGCGACCCUCUGAGCCUCCACUUCCUCAUCAGUAAAAUGAUGUGGGUACCCAUCCCCCAGGGCUGGUGUGAGCUAGGUAAGGAGCAAUGCUAAGCCCUGUGCUGGGCAGGGGUCGGGUGCUCCUUGCAUGCUUCUCCCUCUACUCUCUGCUGCCAGGCCUACCCCCCAAUGCCCCCACCCUGGAACUUGAGGCCCUCUCCUCCCCUUUCUGAGCCUGGAUCCUAUGGAACAUGUCUCCCUGCUCUGGAGCAGGGCUGGACUACCUCCAGGGUCUCUCCCAGAGGGUUUGGGGAGCAGCGUACAGGGGGUGCAGAGUCAGCAGUUGAGGGAUUGGGGCCAUGCCAGCCUGAUUAGGGCGGCUGGGGGCUGAGCUGGAUUCACCUGUCCUUGUCUCUGAUUGGCUCUUGGGUACCAACAACCCCCCAAAUCCUACUAAGCAGCCCCAACAGGGCCUUCACAGGUCUGUGGACAGCCAGUUGAUUGCCAGUUCUGAGGUCAGAAGGGGAGGCCAGAGGCUGGCCUGAGCCUGGCUCUGGGGAUCCCCUGCAUCCAGAAGAGCCAACUGACCACCCUGUUCCUUCACCUCCUGCCGGCACCAUGGGGGCUGGGGCCAGUGCUGAGGAGAAGCACUCAAGGGAGCUGGAAAAGAAGCUGAAAGAAGAUGCCGAGAAGGAUGCUCGAACCGUGAAACUGCUGCUUCUGGGUGCCGGUGAGUCCGGGAAGAGUACCAUUGUCAAGCAGAUGAAGAUCAUCCACCAGGAUGGGUACUCGCUGGAAGAGUGCCUCGAGUUCAUUGCCAUCAUAUAUGGCAACACGCUACAGUCCAUCUUGGCCAUCGUGCGCGCCAUGACCACGCUCAAUAUCCAGUAUGGAGACUCUGCGCGCCAGGACGAUGCCCGGAAGCUGAUGCACAUGGCGGACACCAUCGAGGAGGGCACGAUGCCUAAGGAGAUGUCAGACAUCAUCCAGCGGCUGUGGAAGGACUCGGGUAUCCAGGCCUGUUUCGAUCGCGCCUCGGAAUACCAGCUCAACGACUCUGCUGGCUACUACCUCUCGGACCUGGAGCGCCUGGUAACCCCGGGCUACGUGCCCACUGAACAGGACGUGCUGCGCUCGCGUGUCAAGACCACUGGUAUCAUUGAGACGCAGUUCUCCUUCAAGGACCUCAACUUCCGGAUGUUCGAUGUGGGCGGGCAGCGCUCAGAACGCAAGAAGUGGAUCCACUGCUUCGAGGGUGUGACCUGCAUCAUCUUCAUCGCGGCUCUCAGCGCCUACGACAUGGUGCUUGUGGAGGACGACGAAGUGAACCGCAUGCACGAGAGCCUGCACCUAUUCAACAGUAUCUGCAACCACCGCUACUUCGCCACCACGUCCAUCGUGCUCUUCCUCAACAAGAAGGACGUCUUCUCGGAGAAGAUAAAAAAGGCGCACCUCAGCAUCUGCUUUCCGGACUACAAUGGGCCCAACACAUAUGAGGACGCGGGCAAUUACAUCAAGGUGCAAUUCCUCGAGCUCAACAUGAGACGCGACGUGAAGGAGAUCUAUUCCCACAUGACGUGCGCCACCGACACACAGAACGUCAAGUUUGUCUUCGACGCUGUCACCGACAUUAUCAUCAAGGAGAACCUCAAAGACUGCGGCCUCUUCUGAGGUGCCUGGACUCAUGCAUUCCUGAGACCCUGUAGCCCUUGCUGCCUUGUAGCCCCAAUCCGCAUGACCCCUACCAGCCCCCCAGGACUCCUGGGCCCCAGCCUGUGGCCUCACCAGCCACAGAUUCAAAACCCUAAGCCCUGCUAACCUUGAGGGACUUACCCUCCCCCAUGGCUCCCAGGAUUCCCUGGUCUCCCAGAGUCCGGUGCCCCCAGCCACCCCAGCACUGCCCUUCAUGGCCUGGCUGCACUGGCCUCCAGGACCCACCACAGCCAGCCCCAGCUAGGAGCAAGCAGUACUUGGGGCAGCUACAGCUCACGGUGACUCAGCAGUACCCCACUGACCAAUCUCCUGCUGCUCUCCUGCCGCAGGAGGCCCGUGAUUCACCUGGUGGGUCUGGGUUCAGCAAACAGCCCUCCCUCCCAGAGUUUCAUGAAGGGCAGGGGGGCAGGAAGGGAACCCUCCUCCAAGCAGGCCUGCUGCUUACCAUCAGCCCAUUCUAGCCUUACCACCUCCAUGUGACAAGUCUGACACCCAUCUGCCCAGUGGCCAGUGACUGCCCCACCCGGCAGCUUUAGGGGUCCAAAGUCCAAGCCAGCUCUGGCCUGUGAAACUCAUACAUAGACGAAUUAGUGAGUGGGGGCAAGCCUGGGAGCUCCUGGUGCCAGGAAGAGACUCAAGCUGGACCCUUCCCCACAUAUCCUAACCCCUUCCCCCACAGGCUCUGCCCCCUCCAUGCUUGGACACUGUAUUCAUGUCCUACUUACUUACACACCCACAGUACUCCAGGCCAGUCUGUUGAGGGAGGGUGCUGUUGACACCAGCUGUGGCCAAUGGCUGAACUGUCCUAAGGGGUGGCUGGGAGCAGAGUCCGGCUCCCAUCGAUCAGCCCCAGGCAGGGGAUUUGGGACAGGAAGGAGGCCCAGAUUGUGCCCAGAGGGGUCUGCCUCAGGUAGGGUCAUAAGCAAACCCAGGUGACCCUCUUGUCCCUGCCAGCAGCUUCUCUCAUCCUUCCCAUUCAGGGCCCAUUCCCUGGUGGGAAAAACUGAGAUCCAUGCCUGAACCAUCAGUGACAAAGGCAUCCAUGUCCCCACACCCCUGCUCCCUACUUCCUCAUCAAGCACCAAGUCCUCGCUGAUGCCCGUGGGCUGGGGCCUGUGCUGUAGUCGAGGGCAAGGAGCAUCCGUCUAACAAGGCCAGGGCAUAAUUUGCACUCCCUUCAGCUAGAUACACAGACUCAGCAAUAAAUCUUUGCAUCAGG